CUGCGCAGAUCCAGGGCUGGUUUUGGGGGCAGCCUCCUCCUCCUCCUUUGCAUCCCCCCUCCUCUCCGCGCCCUGCUCUCCGGGGGCUCUCGGCGCUGCUGCAGCAUCACCGACAACCUCAAUCCGGGCGGCUGCGAGCGCGGGGCGGCAGGGGGAGCUGGAUGCACCGCGCGCGCUGCGGGGAGCCCGGGAGCCGCCGCCGCCGGGAUUUGGACAGGCGAGAGGCGGAGGCAGCGCCCGCUCACCUGGCCCCGGACCGGGCUGCGUGGCGAGGCCCGGCCGCCGCCGCUAGCACCCAGACCAAGCGGACCCAUUGGCUCUAUUGUUUGGCAGUGGAGACCCCCUUCCACCCUCAUUGGAGACCAUUCAUGCAGUGAGUGUGCAGACAAGUAUCACCCUUUGGGUUGUGAAUGACAGCAGGAUCCUGGCAGGAAAGGACCCGCACAGAGGAUCGUUCAGACCCCCUUCAUGACAGACAGCUCUGGAGCCCAGAACGACACACGAGGGUCUGGAUACUGAGUCCAGUCUGUCCCUGAAGUUCAGCAAGACUUGAGAGCAGGACUUGGAUCAUGCCCUCAGACCUGUAAUUCCCCUGAGACAUCACUGGAAGGAAGGAGGAAAAUAGCAACAGUGGAUCCCAUUGGAGAGAGAUCUCAGCGGGGCAUGACGAUUUUGCUCAGGCCAAGCUAGAAGCCAUCCAGGGCUGAAAAUGCUCCCAGUGAACUCAUUAAGCAGACCUCAAGUUGCUGCCAACCAGAACAGCAGGACAGACUCCAACAGGAAAGAGAUCAGAUACAGAACGCAUGAGAAGGCCUUUUUGUGCCGCUCCUGAAGCAAUGCUCUAGAGCCACCAGGACCAUGAAGGGGCUAGGAGAUAACAGAAGCCGCCACCUCUCUGAUAACCUGGACUCCCCUCAAGACUCUCUCUAUGCCACCCAGGACAGGAACCCAUAUCUCCUCAGCCCCACUGACUCCUAUACCAUGGACCCCCGGUUUCCAGCCCCAAAUUCCCUCCAUGGCGACUGCCUCCUCCCACUCAACAACCAGAUUUCCAACAGCAGCACUUUCCCCCGGAUCCAUUAUAACUCGCACUUUGAGGUUCCAGAUGAGAACCCCUUCCCAAGCCAUGCCCAAGCCACCAAAAUCAACCGCCUCCCUGCAAACCUCCUGGACCAGUUUGAGAAGCAGCUGCCCAUCCACAGAGACGGUUUCAGCACCCUCCAGUUCCAGAGGAGCGAUUCCAAACACCGGAGUGAGAGCCCUGGGCGCAUACGGCACCUGGUCCACUCAGUCCAGAAGCUCUUUGCCAAGUCCCAGUCCCUAGAGGGCAAUGCCAAAGGUAGUGUGAAUGGUAAGAAGGGCACCGAUGACCCAAAGCAGAAUCGGAGGAGCAAGAGCAAAGACCGGGCAAAGACCACUGAGACAAAACGCAGGACCAGAUCUAACAUAUCAGGCUGGUGGAGCUCAGACGACAACCUAGACAGUGACACCUGCAAUUACCGCAACCCCAUGGGCCUCAUGACCUUGGGUAGGCAGCCAGACCACAGCCAGCCUAGGUACUUCAUGCACGCUUAUAACACCAUCAGUGAGCACAUGCUGAAAUCCUCCAAGAGCAAUAACGACCUGAAGGUCACCCCCUGCACCAGCAUCCCCAUCAACAAUGAGUCCAACUACAUCAAAAGGGGCUCCUGGUCCACACUCACUCUUAGCCAUGCCCGGGAAGUGUGCCAAAAGGCAUCCGCCACCAUUGACAAAGCCCUGUUGAAGUCCAAGUCCUGCCAUCAAGACUUAGCCUAUCAUUACCUGCAGGUGCCUCAGGGAGAGUGGAACAAUACACUGUCUCAGGACAAAGACAACGAGAUCCCAUGCCGACGCAUGCGGAGUGGGAGCUACAUCAAAGCCAUGGGGGAUGAUGACAGCGAAGACUCCGAAACCAGUCCCAAACCGUCCCCGAAAACUGCAGCUCGAAGGCAGAGUUACCUCAAGGCCACUCAACAGUCACUGAGUGAACAGAGCACUACACAGAGGAGCCUGGAUCGCCUGGACUCUGUUGAGAUCCUCUUACCUCCAAAGUUCCCAAGCUGGGAGGAAGAAUACAACCAGAUCACUGACAACAUCAAUGAGUCCAGCUGCAUCAACCAGAUAUUUGGACAACCCUCAUUUAUCCCUCAGAUAUUUACACACGGAGAGCAGACAAGGGAGGCAGAGCUGAGUGACCAGUAUGAGGCAGUGUGUGACUCAAACUACAGUGAAGCUGAGUCAGCUGCUGUGGAAGUGCUGGACCUGCCACUGCCCAGCUACUUCCGCUCCCGGAGCCAUAGCUACCUCCGUGCCAUCCAGGCAGGCUGCUCCCAGGAAGAAGACACAGCCUCUGUGCGCUCCAUCUCGCCACCUCCAGCCAGCAGCAUCAGUGGCAGCAGGACACUUCCCAACAACAGCAGUUCAUCAUGCCUAGUGGCAUAUAAAAAGACUCCUCCCCCAGUUCCGCCUCGGACCACCUCAAAGCCGUUUAUCGCUGUCACGGUGCAGAGCAGCACUGAAUCAGCCCAGGACACCUAUCUGGAUAGCCAGGACCACAAGAGUGAGGUCAACAGCCAGUCAGGACUGAGCAAUUCUUCAGACAGCUUAGACAGCACCAGAACACCCAGCGUGACCAGAGGCAGUGUUGUAACUCCAGCCAGAGACACUCCAGAGUUACCCCAGAAAAAUGCAACUUUGAAAAGUGACAAAGGGACUCUGACUAGUGAAGAGCCUAAGGUGGAGAAUAUCCCCAAAAGAAAGCUGUCAUCUAUAGGAAUACAAGUUGACUGCCUUCAGCCAGUGGCAAAAGAGGAGCCGCCUCCGGCAGUCACCAAAUUCCAGUCCAUCGGGGUACAGGUAGAGGACGAGUGGCGAAACAGCCACUCUCGCAGCAUGUCCUCCAAACAGGACACCGAUUCUGACACGCAGGAACCAAAUAACUCUAGCUGUAAAUCCUCUGAGAGAAGCCUUGCUGAUUGCCCCCCAUGCCACAACUCUGUCAGUGUUGAUGCCAAUAACAGGCAACCAGCCAAGCUCUCCCAGAUUCAGAAAAACCUCUCCUAUGGAGAUAGUGACCCAGCCCUGGAGCCUUCCUCUCUCCCUCCACCUGAUCCUUGGCUUGAGACUUCUUCCAGCUCCCCAUCAGAACCCACUCCGCCAGGAGCCUGCAGGCGGGAUGGGUACUGGUUUCUGAAACUGCUGCAAGCUGAAACAGAAAGAUUAGAAGGAUGGUGUCGGCAGAUGAACCAAGAGACCAAAGAGAACAAUCUCUCUGAAGAAGUCUUAGGAAAAGUCCUCAGUGCAGUGGGCAGCGCACAGUUGUUAAUGUCACAGAAGUUCCAGCAGUUCCGGGGUCUCUGUGAGCAAAAUUUGAACCCCAACGCCAAUCCCAGACCCACUGCCCAGGACCUAGCUGGGUUUUGGGACCUCUUGCAGUUGUCCAUUGAAGACAUCAGCAUGAAAUUUGAUGAGCUCUACCAUCUAAAAGCUAACAGCUGGCAACUGGCAGAGACACCAGAGAAGAAGGAAGAGAAGAAACCACCCCCUCCUGUGCCAAAGAAGCCAGCCAAGCCCAGAACUGCACUGAAUCGGGACAAAGCUUCUGACUCUGUGGAUAAACAGCGCCAGGAGGCUCGCAAGCGUCUCAUGGCAGCCAAGCGAGCUGCCUCUGUCCGGCAGAACUCCGCCACAGAGAGUGCGGACAGCAUCGAGAUCUACGUCCCAGAGGCACAGACCCGCCUUUGAGCCAAGGGGGAGAGGGAAAAAAACACGUGGUCUUUAUAAGUCAUUAAAAAGGGGGGGGAAAGGUUCUCUCUAAACUUAGUAUGAUUUAUUCAGUCUAGAGACAAUGAGCCCACCUUAAAGGGCUCUACUUCAGCUUUUUUUUUCCCUGUCAGCUUUAAGUAAUGAAGAGUUUAAAAAAAAAAAAAAAAAGAAAGAAAAAAAGAAAAGAAAAAAAAAUGCACCCCCCCCCCUUGUUUUCUCUCAGUGGCUGUGGUGUUUGCUGAACAAACUGAACAGACUCCAGAAAACCCCAGCCCCCAGACUUGGAACUUCAGUCUUUUUACUUGUUCUAUCUAAUGAAAAUUAUUAGCUUGUUUACAAGAAGAGGACAAAAAAAAUGAAGCCUUGAGCACUUGCCAUGCUGCGUUCUUUCUCCUCCUCCACAAUUCUCUGUUCUUCCUUCUCAUCCCUACAUUUUUGUUUCCCCAUUCCCUUCUCCCUUUGCAUGGCUUCGUUUACUGUGUUAGAAAUAACCUCUCUUCCACAGAGCUCCCGAAGAGAACACCUGUUCAGUGUGUACUAUUGUUGCACUCUGCUAGUGAGCAGCCUUUCUUUAUUUUUUCCUUUGGUGGGAGGGCAGGGUGGGCGGGUGGUGGGGUUCACAUAUCUAUAUUUUAAUGAUACAAAAGGGAGGGAAAUAUCUGUGGAAUGUAAUGCAGAGUUGUUUGUGCAGCCUGGAAGCAAAUGUGUGCAAUAGGCGGUGAUGGGAAGAAGGGGAGCACUUGGUUGACUGAAAGGAAGGUGCAGGCACAGCACAGGAGCUGGAAGAACAAUGGAGUGAAGAAGAGCUUGACCCCCAUGUGCACACUUUAUUUUCUCCCCUUCUGCAAAUUUCAUUUUCCUUAAUCACUUGUUGAGAAGGAAGCUGCUACACUGCGGGACCUAUUUUGAAGGGGAGGGAAAUAAUAUAAUUCUGGGUGGAGAAUGGUGGGUUUUGUACAAAAAGAGGAAGAUGAGGGUGGCUCGUGGCAGGUUGACAGUCUGCCUACCUGCCUGUAUGUAUGUGUACAUAUGCACAUAUAGACUUACUAGGAUCUGUAUAUUUAAUGCAUACACACGUAUACAUACCCAUACACACACAUGCAGACAGUGCAUUAAAAGCACCUCGGUGAGAGUGGGCAUAUGUAUAGCAUAUAUUUUUACAUGUACUAUAUCUAGAUGUGUGUAAAAGUGUGUGUAAAAAUAUAUACCCUGUGUGUAAUCGAAUGAUAAUUUUUACCUUGUACCCCUGCUCAUUUGGUGGGGGAGGGGGUCACUAAAUACCUCUUUAGCCCCUUCCCCAGCUCUCCCCAGUCCCUUUUUCAUCCUGGCUUCUUGAAGUUGGGACUGAAUGCCAGCAUCGUGUUCCUUCCCACCCUCUCCAGAAGGAACAUUUUCCCCCCCAUUUUGUGCAGUCUCACUGCUUUGAAUGAGUGGGGAGAUAAUGUGUCGGCUUCAUAUGGGGGAAAUCCCAAAGGAAUUGAAACCAGGGUGUUGGUGAUUUUAAAAAGGCAAAACAAAAUAAAAUCCUGAAUCCUGUUUAAGUGAA